AUGCUAUCCGUUUGUAUAUCUUCCCACGCCAAACCAUCGGAGUACCAGCUCCUUGAACUUCCGCGUCCCGAAAUCACAGAUCCAACAGAUGUUAUUAUCAAGGUCCAUGCUGCAAGUGUCAAUCCCGUCGAUUUGAAAAAGGCGGAAGGGGCAUUCAAGGUCGCUCUUAAAGACUCUUUUCCGUACAAGCUCGGUUACGACGCCGCUGGAACGGUCGCAGAGAUCGGGGCUGGUGUAACCAGAUUUAGAAUUGGUGAUGCUGUUUAUGUUAGAUUACCAGAGUCUCAUCGAGGCUCAUGGAGUGAAUAUGCUGUAUGCCCUGAGCGCUACAUCGCCCUGAAGCCAUCCUCGCUGUCAUUUGAGAAUGCAGCCUCAAUACCGCUGGCCGCUAGCACCGCAUUUCAAGCCCUGAGAAAAUAUGAUGGUGACCUUUCAGGGAAAACUGUUUUCGUGCCCGCCGGUUUAAGUGGAACUGGCCUUUUUGCUUGUCAAUUGGCCAAAAAUGUUUUCCGCGCAGGGAAAGUGAUCACUACUGUUUCAACAGCCAAGGUCCCCAAAAUACCAGAACUUCUAGGGGAGGGAACUGUCGACCAAGUCAUCGACUACAAGAAAGUCGACCCAAAAUCAGUCAUUGAGCAUGGCUCAGUUGAUUUUUUAUUUGACACGAACGGACUCGCUAUGGAGUAUCUCUGUCUGAUGCGAUCCGGGAGUGGUUGUAUUAUAUCUAUAUCGACGGCACCAUCGGGAACUCAGCUACAAAAUUCAGCAGUAAUGAGGCUCCCCCAUCACCCUACUGUUCCAUUGGUCCCGCGAAUUCUCUUAAAUACGAUGGAUUAUAUUCGCAAGCUCCGUGCAAAGCGCUAUGGUGUCAGUUACUCAUACAUGUUCCUAGAACCGAAUGGCGAAGACCUGGACAAGUUAAGGGGGUACAUUGAGGAGGAUAAACUGAAACAAGUAGUUGGAACUACUGUUAAUAUGCAGGAUAUUUCCGAAGUUCGAAAGGCAUGUCAGGUCGUAUACAACAAUCGCGGCGGUCUUGGAAAAGUUGUUAUCAGAGUCAUCGAGGCAUGA